ACGAAAAAUGAUGAAGGCGAUAGCAACGAAUUGGUAACAUAUAGGACAAUCCGAGCUUCUAGUGAAACCUAAAUAAAUAGUACUAUAGUGAUCAAUUUGCGUUAAUCGUAAUAAAUCUUUCGAAACUGUUGGUCCAUACAUUGCAGAAUUAUUUUUUAAUCAAAAAAACUUCUGUGGUACUUUUGCAAAACAUAAUUUAAAAAUAAAAAUGCCAUGCUGGUAUUAUGAGAAGAAGGAACUAAGGAACACUCCUUCCAUUCAAGAUGGAAUCGAUUAUGAGACUGAGUGUAGAUAUAGAAAAGAAGGUGCACGCUUUAUCAUUGACACAGGGACAAAAAUGGAUUUGGGUUAUAAUACUAUGGCAACUGGUGUUGUCUACUUUCAUAGAUUCUAUAUGUUCCACUCAUUUAAAAAUUUUCCAAGAUAUGUGACUGCCUGCUGUUGUUUAUUUCUGGCAGGUAAAGUAGAAGAAACACCAAAAAAAUGUAAAGACAUCAUUAAGACUGCAAAAACUUUGUUAACUGAACAAAAAUUCAUGACAUUUGGAGAAGAUCCCAAGGAAGAAGUCAUGACACUAGAAAGAAUUUUAUUACAAACUAUUAAAUUUGAUUUACAAGUGGAACAUCCAUAUAGUUACUUAUUAAAAUAUGCCAAAUGCCUUAAAGGUGACAAGAAUAAACUACAAAAAAUGGUUCAAAUGGCUUGGACAUUUGUUAACGAUAGUUUAUGUACAACAUUAUCUCUGCAAUGGGAGCCAGAAAUCAUAGCUGUUGCCCUCAUGUAUUUAGCAGGAAAGCUUAGCAAGUUUGAAGUAGUAGACUGGAAUGGAAGACAGCCAAAACAUUUGCGUUGGUGGGAUAUGUUUGUUGAAGAUGUUACUAUGGAUCUGUUAGAAGAUAUAUGUCACCAAGUAUUAGAUUUAUAUUCACAAGCUAAUAAUACAAAGCCUCCAGAUUCACCACCAAUGACACCAUCAAAUGAACCAUGUAGAGACAGAGCUAUACCACCACCUCCUACUGAAUCAGCAUCUACUACACCAAAUGUUACACCAGGAAAAUCUGCUAAAGUUGAAGUAACUCCUGUUUCCGCAAAUGGAUGCCCAACUACAGAUAGUACAGAAACAAUGAAACCAAUGGACGUGCCACCGCACUUCCCAACGUAUCCAACUACUUUUGCGCCAAAUAAUACAAGCUACCCACCAGCGUUUCCCCCAGCAAAUGUCUCUGUACCUCCACCCCCUGUUAAUACAAUGAAUCAUAUUGUGCCUCCCAUGCACCAUAUUGGUUCAUCGGGUCCCAUUAGACCCACACCACCAGCUCCUACUACAACGCAACCACCGUUCCAACCAUAUCCUUAUCCAACAAACGCAUCAUACUUUCCUCCAAGCAAUCCAGUACCCCCAGCACCUGCACCAAGAACAUAUUAUCCACCGCAACCUUAACAUAUGGAAGUUCAUCGCACCAAAACUAUAAUUUUUGUCGAUGUAAGUUUUAUCAUAAUUAAAGAUAAGUAUUGU